CUUCUACGUAGCAUCUCUUCUCAACUCGGGCUUUUUCAAAAGAAAAACGCAACCACCAACAUGGUUACUUCAGACAGAAACAUGUUACAGAACUACGUUCCAGUUUAUGUCAUGCUCCCACUAGGAGUUGUCACUGUUGACAAUGUUUUUGCAGACCCUAAUGGCCUCAAAGAACGGCUUUUGAAGCUGAGAGCAACAGGUAUUGAUGGGGUUAUGGUUGAUGUGUGGUGGGGGAUCAUAGAACUGAGGGGGCCUAAGCAGUAUGAUUGGAGAGCCUAUAGGAGCUUGUUUCAGCUGGUUCAGGAAUGUGGCUUGAAACUUCAAGCUAUUAUGUCAUUCCAUCAGUGUGGAGGGAAUGUAGGAGAUGUAGUUAACAUCCCAAUUCCCAAGUGGGUGCUCGACAUUGGAGAAUCUGAUCCUGAUAUCUUCUACACCAACCGUUCAGGCACAAGGAACAAGGAGUAUCUAACUAUUGGUGUGGACGAUAAGCCUAUAUUCCAUGGAAGAACAGCCAUUGAGAUAUACAGUGACUACAUGAAGAGUUUCAGAGAAAACAUGUCAGAUUUUUUAGAAUCUGGGCUUAUUAUAGAUAUUGAAGUAGGGCUCGGCCCAGCAGGAGAGCUCAGAUAUCCCUCUUAUCCACAAAGUCAAGGAUGGCAGUUUCCUGGUAUUGGAGAAUUUCAGUGCUAUGACAAAUAUUUGAAGGCAGAUUUCAAAGCAGCUGCAGCAAGGGCUGGCCAUCCUGAAUGGGAAUUGCCUGAUGACGCAGGCCAGUACAAUGAUGUUCCAGAAUCUACUGGAUUCUUCAAAUCAAAUGGCACGUAUGUCACUGAGAAAGGGAAGUUCUUCUUGACUUGGUAUUCAAACAAAUUGCUGAGUCAUGGUGAUCAAGUCCUAGAGAAAGCCAACAAAGCAUUCCUGGGCUGUAAAGUCAAAUUAGCGAUCAAAGUAUCUGGAAUCCACUGGUGGUACAAAGUUGAAAAUCACGCAGCUGAGCUUACUGCUGGAUAUUACAACCUUAAUGAUAGAGACGGAUAUCGUCCCAUUGCAAGAAUGCUGUCUCGCCAUCAUGCCAUUUUGAACUUUACGUGUCUUGAGAUGAGGGACUCAGAACAAAGCUCAGAGGCCAAAAGUGCACCACAGGAGCUCGUAAUGCAGGUACUGAGUGGAGGUUGGAGAGAAGACAUCCUAGUGGCUGGAGAAAAUGCACUUCCAAGGUAUGAUUCCACAGCAUACAACCAAAUCAUACUGAACGCAAGGCCACAAGGCGUCAACAAAAAUGGCCCUCCAAAACUGAUGAUGUUUGGAGUGACAUAUCUUCGCCUAUCAGAUGAUCUACUGCAACAAUCAAAUUAUGAUACGUUCAAAAAAUUUGUGCUAAAGAUGCAUGCAGAUCAGGGUUACAGUGCAGACCCUCAAAACUACAAUCAUGUGAUAACUCCAUUGAAGCCAUCGGCACCAAAGAUUCCCAUCGAGGUUCUUCUUGAAGCGACUAAACCAAUACCGCCAUUCCCCUGGCUUCCAGAGACAGAUAUGAAAAUUGAUGGCUGAUUUCCCAAUGGUGCUAAGAGUAGUUAAAUAAUCUGCUGGAAAUAAUAGAUACCGUUCAGGAUAUAAAUAAAGCACCCAGCCACCAAAAUCAGCAGUACUAAUAAUAAUAAUGCCAUGAAGUAGCAAUGUCUAGCUAGACAUAUAGGUCGUGCUCGCGUCUGUACUUUUCAUGUGUGUAUUCCUAUAUAUAAAGUUAAUAAACUACUUUAUCAAACUUGCAUCAAUGCUGCUUAUUGCAAUCCAAAAGUAUCAGUCUCUAACAUGUUGAAAUAUGCUCAUGCAACACAUUUUCAGAUAAACUUACACCUGCGUAUGAUCUUAGACCCUUAUUAUUAUUAUCCAAAUGUGAUUAAGUGUUUAUAGCAAACGUAAUAUUUUAAAAAAUAUAUGGGCCAAUCCAAAUAACUGUAAAUUAUAUCACAAGAACCUUAUCCAGUGGAAUAAAAUCCUAUUACAAAUUAGCUUUCCAUGGCAAAUAGAUUUAGAAAUAGCAUCUAGCAUAUGAUAAGAAUUAAUAUUUUAGAGCUUAGAACACAUGAAUAAUUAACUUUAGACCGAUCUCUAACUACAGGCAAACAUAUUCGCAAUGAUGCUUUGGCAUACCACAUACCUAUUUGAUAAAACAUAUAUAUUGAAGUUUUAUUGAAUUUCAUGUAUCGACUAUAUUUCAUUGCUAAUUAUUUAAAAUUUACAAGACAUUAUUUUCUUAAAGCGCUUGUCUUCCUCAAGUUUUUGCUCUAGAAGUGAAAGCGCAACUAGUUAAAAUAAAAGCUUCACGGA